AUGUUUCAUCUGGGUGUUGUAGGAGGCCAGGAAAGACCUUUCUAUUUGAUCCUAGAAGCUGAGAGUGUGCUCUGCACUGCCUGGAUAAGACCAGCUUCUGGAAGUUCUGUGUAUUCAGAAUGGACCUAUUUACCUGCAACUGGAGCACUAUUGCCAGUUUCAGCAAAGAACCUACAUUGCCCCAAAAAAACAUUGUUUCCUAUUACAAGGUACAAUCUUGGCUCUUUUGCCAUGAGAAAGACUGUUCUUGGAAACGUACUCCAGAGACUUUCUUAUUUAACCAGGGUACCAAUUGCAUUGCUGCAUAAUUUCCCUGCUGAGGCCCUAUGA